GAAGUAAGCCCACAGGCCCCAGCUAGACAUUUAGCCCGCAGAGGCCCGGUUCAUCGAGCCGGCAGCCGUGCACUAUAAUUCCGCCUUCUCCCAUUCUCUCUCCAAAACCCUAGCAGCCACCCGGUUCUCCCUCGCUCCAGAUCUCCCUUCGCAGCCGGCCAGGGACCCCUUCACAGCGCGGGAGAUGGCUGAUCAGGAGGCCCCAGUUGCAGUUGAGGCACCAACCCCAGUUCUUGGAGAGCCAAUGGACUUGAUGACUGCGCUGCAGCUGGUGAUGAAGAAGUCAAGUGCUCAUGAUGGACUUGUGAAGGGUCUUCGCGAGGCUGCCAAGGCCAUUGAGAAGCAUGCUGCUCAGCUUUGCGUUCUUGCUGAGGACUGUGACCAGCCAGAUUAUGUCAAGCUGGUGAAGGCGCUCUGUGCUGAACACAAUGUUCACCUUGUCACUGUUCCUGCUGCUAAGACUCUUGGCGAGUGGGCUGGGCUUUGCAAGAUUGACUCCGAGGGCAAGGCAAGGAAGGUUGUAGGCUGCUCCUGUGUCGUUGUCAAGGACUACGGUGAAGAAUCUGAGGGCCUUAACAUAGUGCAGGAGUAUGUCAAGUCGCACUAGAUGUAACACGUUUCAGUAAUACUCUACAUUUGGAUCUGGGCUUAAUAUUAUGCUUGCGUCUUGGGCUUGCUAGGAGAUUAGGACAAUUUACUACAAGAGCCCAUGAGGAUAUGAGCAAUUUGGAAUUCUAAAUGUUUUGUUUAUGGUGUUGUCAUCUGGUUUUAAUUCAAAUCGAUAAGAGAUGAGAUUAUUCUUGCUUUGCCAUUAGCCCAUUA